UUGUGUCACGUCGUGUGUCGUCGAUCGUUCCCUGCCUCGCGUUAAAUUUGCGAUUUAAUUAAGCGCCCGAUCGUCCGAUCCUCGGGCGGAUCAGCUGCGGCCACCUAAAGUCGCACGAGUACGCUGAUCUCGCGUUCCGCGGCUCGCAUCGGCACUCUCGCGUUUUGUUGUUUUUCCCCUUUUCACGGGCACACACGAACAUGAUCGUCCGCGCGUAUAUUUAUUCAGUAAUUUGCAAAUCGUUUUUUUUCUCGCAAACGAGAGCAGAGCAGUUGCUUCGUCAAUAUUUGUUCUUACAUUAACUUUAAUCUUGGUUUUAACUUGUUUCUUGAUUCUUAGAAUUAGAGAAGGAUAAAAACGACAGUAGGUCACUUCUGACUUCCCUCGCUCGUGAUACCGUGACUUUUUUAAAAUACCAAACAUGACGGAGGACAUGUUGGGUGCGGACAUCUGCAGGGUCUGCCGAUCCGAGGGCCUCGCCGACAGACCCUUGUUUCAUCCCUGCAUAUGCACAGGCAGCAUCAAAUGGAUACAUCAGGAGUGCCUGGUCCAGUGGAUGCGCUACUCGCGCAAGGAGUACUGCGAGCUAUGCGGCUACCGCUUCUCAUUUACACCUAUAUACAGUCCGGACAUGCCGCGGCGUCUGCCGCUGCGAGACGUCGUAGGCGGUUUAUUCUCGAGCAUCGUCACUGCGGUGAAAUACUGGUUACACUACACCCUGGUGGCGAUUGCGUGGCUGGGAGUCGUCCCUUUGACUGCGUGCCGCACAUACAGAGCUCUCUUCAGCGGGCCGCUCGAUGUAGUUCGAAUAAUGUCGCUACCGAUGGAUAUGCUUUCCACCGAGCAUAUAUCGUCGGACGUGUUUCACGGCUGCUUCGUAGUUACUUGCACCCUGUUCGCGUUUAUCGGCCUGGUGUGGCUGCGCGAGCAGAUUUUACACGCGGGCGGGCCCGACUGGCUCGAGCGGGAUAUACAACUGCCCCCGGUCGACAAUCCGCCACAAGCAAACGCACAACGACCACAACAACCUCAGGAGCAGCGCGCUAUGCCGCAAGAGGUCCAGGACAACAACAAUGUCCCUCCCUUCAUUGACCCGCCUAUUCCGCAAGAAGGAGAGUUACAUAAUGAAGAUCAACGUCCUAUAUACCGAGAAGAAAACCUGGCCAAUAAUCCACGAAUCGGCGAGCCCGAAGAUCUAGUGAGAGACGUACAGCCACCAGCCCCUCCCGCGCCGCCCCUGCCGAUCAGGGAUGAACUCGGCGUAGACGGUGGACAGGCGAAUGCCGCGGGUGGCGAGCGUUGGGCGAGAGGACACGCGGUGCUGGCACAUGUGGUGGGGCAGGUGCAGGGUGAAGCCGAGGAUGCCAAUUGGAAUCCUUUAGAGUGGGACAGACCAGCUGAAGAAUUAACCUGGGAACGUCUCUUAGGAUUGGACGGGUCUCUUGUCUUUCUUGAACAUGUCUUCUGGGUCGUGUCCCUAAACACCUUAUUUAUCAUGGUAUUUGCUUUCUGCCCGUAUCACAUCGGCCAUCUCACGAUAGCGGGAUUAGGCCUGCAGGAACACGCGGCCGCGUCGCACUUCGAGGGUCUGGUGACCACGCUGUGCGGCUACUGCGUUAUCGGAGUUUGUCUCGUAGUCCUCCACACUCUCGCCGCGCUGUUAGGCUUUCAGCGCUCCCAGCGAAUCUUAGGACUGUGCUACGUUAUCGUCAAGGUCUCCUUGCUCUCCGUCGUGGAGAUCGGCGUACUUCCAUUGGUUUGCGGCUGGUGGCUGGACAUCUGCUCGUUGGCGAUGUUCGACGCCACGCUCAGAGACAGAGAAUCCUCGUUCAGACUCGCUCCCGGCACAUGCAUGUUCAUCCACUGGCUGGUGGGGAUGAUUUAUAUAUACUAUUUCGCGUCGUUUAUUCUACUCCUACGUGAGGUCCUGCGGCCCGGGGUUCUCUGGUUCCUACGAAAUCUGAACGAUCCCGACUUCUCCCCUAUACAAGAGAUGAUACAUCUUCCCAUACUGCGACACGUACGGCGACUAGUCGCGUCCGCGAUCAUAUUCGGCACGGCGAUUUUACUGAUGUUGUGGCUGCCCGUAAAGAUUCUGAGAUGGGCCUGGCCAGGAUUUUUACCCUACACCGUGAACGUACAAAGCGAGGCUCAGGUCAGCGAGCUUUCGCUGGAAUUGCUGCUGCUGCAAGUGAUCCUUCCCGCGUUACUGGAGCAGUCGCACACGCGCACGUGGCUGAAAGCCCUCGUGAGAGCGUGGUGCUGCGUCGUAGCGUGGAUGCUGGAUCUGCAGUCGUAUCUUCUGCGAGACCAGGCGGACGAUCCGGGGCCGGCGAUAAUCGAGGAACCGCAACAUCCGGACUUGGGUGCCGCGCACCAAGCGCUGCUGCAGAGGGAGGGGCCCACGGGAUUUCAGCCUUACGUCAGGCCGCGGUGGUUCGCCGCGAGAUUGGUCGGGCUUCUGCUCUGCGUAUGCAUAUCCCUCGUGGUCGCGAGUCUAGUCGCUAUGACGUUGCCCGUGUGGCUGGGACGCAGAGUGAUGGCGUUAUGGAUGGUAGGGGCACCCGCACCGUCGCCGCCUGUGUUAGCGCCUACGUUAACCGGAUCCGACGGUGGCGAGACCGUUGGCCCUCUAUCCGGAAGAGUACACGAGGUGUACACGAUAGCCUGCGGGACGUAUGUGUGCUGGGCCGCGGCCCGAGGCUUGGCACUGGCGUUCUCCUGGCUGCCUCGCGGUCGAAGAGCCAUCGUAGACCGGAUCAAGCACUGGGCGAUCCUGGCCGUGAAAGCCUCGGUGGCGUUUGUCCUGCUCGUCGGGGUCAUACCGCUCCUGUUCGGUCUUCUUCUCGAGUUAGUGGUAGUGGUCCCGUUGCGCGUCCCGCUAGAGCAAAAUCCCAUCUUAUUCAUUUGGCAAGAUUGGGCCUUGGGCGUGCUGUACACGAAGAUAGCCACCGCCGUGACGAUGAUGGGCCCGGACUGGCGAAUACGUCUCGCCAUUGAGCGAACGUACAACGAAGGGAUAAGGGAGAUGGAUUUGAAGUUCGUCAUCAAGGAGUUAGCGGCUCCCGUUAUAUGCUGCUUCGGCCUCGCCCUCGCGGUACCUUACGCCGUGGCCUACGGAAUAGUACCACUUCUCGUGACCAAUCUGCAGACCCAGAUUCUCAUCGCGCGACGUCUAUACCCUUUUCUUCUCUUAGUAAAUCUGGUCUGCGCGGUGAUUUACUUUCAGAUACGCCAGUUCAGGAAGCUGUACGAGCACAUUAAGAACGACAAGUAUCUCGUGGGCCAGAGGCUCGUAAAUUACGAGCAUCGCAACAAAUCGCAGACACAGCAGCAUCAAUCGCAGAGAUCGAGCUAAUGGUGUCAGGCAUAAUAUUGUUACGGGCGGAAAAAACGGAUUAGGAUUAGCUUCGUGUACAUUCUUUAAGAAAUACUUA